AUGCCUGGGGGCACCGAAGGCAAGGAUGGCGCAAGUGAGGAGUGCGAGGAGUUGUCCGGUUCCUCCUCUUCUUCGUGGUUCCACGCACUUCGGGACAGUGUCCAGGCAGCUCUGUCAGACACCCCAGGAGCGUCCCCGGUCUUAUCAUCGGACUCUGAAGAAGAUGAGGAUGCGCCGGCCCCGAGCGGCCCUUCCACCCGAAGUGCUGCGCCAUCGCGCCCGAACCAGUGCAUACUGCAUUGGUCCCGACAUGGCUGCCGAAGCGGCGAUGCGUGCAAGUACUGCCACAGGACACCUCCGUUAAGCAAGUCAAAGUCGCUGCACAGACCACGAAAGCAGACUCGCGACAAGUACAAGGCUGCUAUUUACAACGUCAUUCGCAAGCACGAGGACGACCUGCAGCGAGCUCAGGACGAACUGCAGGAAAUGGCGCACAAGAGCCCGUACUUGCGCAUCCUCCUGCACGGCAUCCUCAACGCACCGGAAGCGCCGGCCCCGUUCCUAUGGAACCUGUGA